CCUUUUUUUAUUUCCUCCUCUACCUUACCAACUUCAUCCACUGUAUCAAGCAUUGUUUGAAUAGGCGCAAGAUGUAACUUUAGAUUAUGUCCAAACUCCACGUUACGAAAUAUGAGCUGAUGUAGCUUAACUUCCCGAUCCAAAAUCAACUUAUUCCCCAAUCUUGUUGUUUGCCUCGGUUCUAUCCUUCCCUCCCAUUCGGUAUACGACUCGUUUAAUUCCUUCACGCGAUCCGAGUAUAUGGAAUAGAUAUCUAGAAUUACACGGCGUCAUCCUUGUUAUUAAGUGGCCUUUUCAAUUGGAAUCCAAUAAACCCUCGCCAUGUUUGUGUUACCGCCUCCGCCUAGGUAUCCAACGCAGGCAGCGUAUAAUGCCGCUGUUGCUGCCGGCCAUGCCACCCCCAUGAUCGAGACGAACAACAUCCUAUCGAAUCCCGAAGAUCAAUUCCUAGUUGGAGAAGGAACAUAUGUGUUGAAAGAAGACCUUCUCCUUGCGACACCACCACCACAUCCAUCCGAGGCGCCGGUUAUUAACCCCAACCCACUAGCGACUACUCCUCAACCAGCUACAGCUGGAACCAAGAUCUCCCUCCUUAGCUUAGAAACGCGACCUCCUCCGCCCGCCCUCUUCAAACUUACUCCGACAACCACCACGUUAUCCCCGAGCAUUGCCGAACAUCCUAGCGAAGGACGAUAUUCGAACGACGCCAAAUUGAGUAGCGAUGGUGAGGGGAGGGGCACAUCAUUUAGUGAUGGUGGACCAUCUACUUCGGCCACAGCCAUUUCGGCGCCAGCUUUUGGUGAUGGAAAUGCUCUGCUUGCUCCAGAAAGGACCAAGGAUCCGAAUAAGCGACGGAAACCUAAGAAUAACAUGACUAAGAGUAAUUCGUCCUUCAUAUCGCGGGUCAUCAUAAACGAAGCGUUCUCUAAGAAAAUAGCCGACCGACCAAGCGAUGGACUGUUCGCCUUUGCCAACAUAAACCGUGCAUUCCAAUGGCUAGAUCUAUCGUCUCCUACUAAAGCCGACUACUUGACUAAGAUUCUAUUUACAAAGGCGCAUUGCUUAAGCCACGAUGUCAACUUAGUAACGAAGAGCCCGAGUCACAUAGAUAUGAUCAUGGGUUUCUCAACGGGCGAGAUUAUAUGGUGGGAGCCUAUGUCUCAGAGAUAUACUAGGUUAAAUAAGAAUGGGGUAAUUAACAAAACACCGGUUUCCCAAAUACGUUGGAUUCCCGGAGCAGAAAACCUAUUUCUUGCGGCGCAUAUGGAUGGCUCUUUAGUUGUCUACGAUAAGGAGAAAGAAGAUGCGAUUUUCAAUCCCGAGGAGGAAGACCCGAAACCUAAUGGGGAGGCUGCUCCUCCUAAGGUCGUCAAUCACUAUAAGGAGAUUAAUGUGUUAAAAUCGGUUCACUCCAAGAACCAGAAGAAUAACCCUGUAGCUGUGUGGAAGUUAUCAAAUCAGCGAAUCAAUGCCUUCGAGUUUUCGCCCGAUAAUCGCCAUCUUGCCGUGGUUUCUGAAGAUGGUACAAUGCGGAUUAUCGAUUACCUAAAGGAAGAGCUCCUAGGAGUAUAUAAUGCGUAUUAUGGUGGGUUUAUAUGUGUGUGUUGGUCUCCGGAUGGCAAGUACGUCCUCACAGGAGGACAGGAUGAUUUGAUUUCGAUAUGGUGUCCAUCGGAAACGACACUCAUAGCACGAUGUCAAGGACAUCAGUCAUGGGUUACAUCUGUCGCGUUUGACCCGUGGAGAUGCGACGAGAGGAACUAUCGUUUCGGCAGUGUAGGCGAAGAUUGUCGGUUAUGUCUCUGGGACUUCAACGUCGGCAUGUUACACAAACCGAAGGCGACAGCAAGCCGGCAACGAGGAUCUGUAUCCUCCCGACUACCUGCAUUGCAACGCGCUGAGACGCAAGGCACAUCGACUAGUAGGUUACGGUCGGACUCUGUCGUCUCGGCGUUAGAUGCAGAAGAGAACACGAUCAAUCACCCCGUCGAGCCGCGUUCGAGAACAGCGAUAUUACCGCCUGUGUUGACGAAGAUGGCUGACAAACAUCCGCUUAGCUGGAUUGAGUUUACUGAAGAUGCCAUAAUGACGAGCUGUAAGACAGGUCACAUCAGAACUUGGAAUCGACCAUCCGACACCCCAGCUCCAGCAGAAUUAUGAUGAAAAGAGGAGGAAAGUUCUCCAGAACACUCUAGAGGGGACAUCACUCCCACGGUGCCGAACGAUUGCAUUCAUUGAAUCAUGACUUUGCGAUUAUGGAUACGAUAUGGAUACGGGCAUAGAUGUGUACAUAAACACCAACUAGCUUUGAAGCUUCGAAACAAAGAGCGUGCAUGCACUGUUG